AACAUAUAAAAAUACAAAAAUGGCACGACUCUUUUUAGUGCGAAAUUGGUAAUAAAGAAGGCAAAAAGUGUACAAGUACAAAUAAAAAAAUUCAGAGACAAAGACAAAUUGGAAGACCAAUGGAAUUCAUUUAUUUGGACAUGUCUUCUCUCACCAUGCUUUUCAGCUACAUAUAAAACACUGUUGCCGUUACAAAGACUGGCCCCUAUUGAUAGUAACUAUUGAAAAACGAAAGGAAAUCAUAACUAACCAAACACUUGGGCGUUACCGACAUAGGCAAACAAUCAGGCGCUUGAAAAUUUCAUAGCGGAAACCGUUGUGCAGAACGUAAAGAUUGUCCGCAAGAAGUAAAUACUCUUUUAAUGCACUCUUCCUGCUAAGAUUCAAACCAUUCCUUUUCUGGGUUUUUUUCUUCCUUCUUCUGGUGUUACUUCAACUUGAACGGAGCAAAAACUUUUGGCCACUUUGGUUUAACUAUUUGAGCGAUCUUAUAAAAAAAGAAGCUUUGGAAAAUGGGUGUGUUGAGCUCUGUCUUGGGUUUUUUUGGCUUUGGAAUUGGAACUUCGAUUGGGCUUGUCAUUGGGUAUUACAUGUUCAUCUACUUCCUGCCCACUGAUGUUAAGGAUCCUAAAAUUCGUCCUUUGGCCGAAGAAGACUCAAUAACUCUACAGCGGUUGCUUCCAGAGAUCCCCCUGUGGGUCAAAAAUCCAGAUUUCGACCGUCUUGACUGGCUUAACAAAUUUGUUCAGAACAUGUGGCCUUAUCUAGACACGGCAAUUUGCACAACCGCCAAGAAUAUAGCAAAGCCCAUUAUCGCAGAGCAAAUUCCGAAGUACAAAAUUCAGUCAGUUGAAUUUGAAACACUUACUCUGGGUACCCUACCACCGACUUUUCAAGGAAUGAAAGUCUAUGUCACUGAUGAGAAGGAACUUAUUAUGGAACCAUCAUUUAAGUGGGCAGGGAAUCCUAACAUCACUAUCGCAGUUAAAGCUUUUGGACUAAAAGCCACUGUUCAGGUUGUUGAUUUGCAAGUAUUUGCUGUUCCUCGAAUCACUCUGAAGCCCUUGCUCAGUGUCUUUCCUUGUUUUGCCAAUAUAUAUGUCUCCCUAAUGGACAAGCCACAUGUUGACUUUGGGCUAAAGUUACUUGGGGGAGAUGUUAUGGCCAUUCCUGGAUUUUACAGGGUUGUCCAGGAGCUCAUAAAAGAUCAAGUUGCAAAUAUGUACUUGUGGCCUAAAGCCUUAGAAGUGCAAAUAAUGGAUCCUACACAAGCCAUGAAGAAACCUGUAGGAAUUCUCGAUGUGAAGGUUCUGAGGGCAAUGAAGCUUAAAAAGAAAGAUCUCCUGGGCAAAUCCGAUCCUUAUGUGAAACUAAAAUUAACGGAGGAAAAACUCACUGCAAAGAGAACUACUGUGAAACACAGCAACUUGAACCCCGAAUGGAACGAGGAAUUUAAUUUUGUUGUUAAAGAUCCAAAUACUCAAGCUUUAGAGAUAGAUGUAUAUGACUGGGAGCAGGUCGGCACACAUGAUGAGAUGGGCAUGAAUGUUGUUCCAUUGAAAGAUCUUACACCUGAUGAGCCAAAAGUUUUGACUCUGGAUCUGCUGAAAAAUAUGAACCCAAAUGAUCCACAAAAUGAGAAGUCUCGUGGGCAGCUUGUCAUGGAAGUCUCGUACAAACCUUUCAAGGAGGAUGAGAUACCAAAUGACAUAGAGGAUUCGAGUAUGAUACAAAAAGCUCCAGAAGGAACACCUGCAGGUGGAGGUUUGCUUGUGGUUAUUGUGCAUGAAGCUGAAGAUAUUGAAGGAAAGUAUCACACAAACCCACAUGUGCGUUUGUUAUUUAGAGGGGAGGAGAGAAAAACAAAGCGUCUAAAGAAAAGCAGAGAUCCAAAAUGGGAAGAUGAAUUUCAGUAUACACUGGAUGAACCACCCACAAAUGAUAAAAUUCACGUGGAAGUAGUCAGUACAUCCUCCAGGAUGGGGCUACUGCAUCCCAAGGAAUCUUUGGGGUAUGUUACUAUAAGCCUAGCUGAUGUUGUUAAUAACAGAAGAAUCAACGAAAAGUAUCAUCUCAUUGACUCCAAGAAUGGUCGGAUUCAAAUUGAGAUGCAGUGGAGAACUUCGUCUUAAAUACGCCUCGAUUUGGUUUUUGGAAAGUUUGCAAAGGAGAUUACUCCAUAUGUUUUUCUGUUGCUAGCAACUAUACAUGUGUUUCAUCACGUCACUUCCCUUCCCUUCUGUUGAUCAAAGCUUAUUGACACUCUUUUUACUAUGUUAUGGACCCUUUCUUAAAGAAAUUUUCAUUCUGGUUAUCUUUCAUCUGCUUACAGCAGUAAGACCGUUAAAAUAGUUGAAAUAACUGGCUAAAUGCUGGGCCUUGCUACCCAUUAGGUAUGUAGCCUAUCGAUCCAGGCUUACUGUCGUUCAAAAACAAGAAAAAAAUAAGCAAGUCUCGGCCCGUGAGCAAUGAAACCCCAAUAUCUAAACCCUCCAGAUGUGACCUUUGCCCAGUACUUUACUGCACUCCAUCUUUUGAUUGAUUAAACGCUGCUGAGAAAUAUUCUUCACAUCAUUGCCUGGUCAGAUCUUGUUGAACAUUUGUGAAACUCUGCUCUGUUGAAAUGACUGCAAUGCUACUGCUAUAUCGUCGAGUCAAUCAUCUAUCUCCCUUGCUGCUCAACAUUUCUUUAUAACUUCCACUGUAGUUUCUCCUUUCACCUCACUAGCGUGAAUUCUUCUAGCAAAGAUUCUUCAAAGCUAUGUAAUAGCGGGUAGAUUUUGCUACCAUAUUGGCUUCAUUAUUCCAACCCGAGGGUUGGGCAUAGAAGUUGCUAGUUGGCUAUGCUAUUCACAAAAGC